AUGCGCUCACAAUCACUUGUUGCGGCUCUGACCGCCGCCGCCGCCGCCCCAGGCUUCCAAGGGGCCACCGUCUUGGCGCGUGUCGUCCACGAGAGGGCCUCAAACCAGGUCGCCUUCGUCAACGUCUCGGUGUCGACUCUGUGGACCAAUCCAAGCAAGCCCCGUCCUGUGGACCAGCCCGCGCUCGAGAGCCCCGUCGACAUCCAGAAGUGGCUGGACUCGAUGACCGUCGACGAGUUCAGAGACCUGACGAGCAGCUCGCGGACCCAGACGCAGGCGCUGUACGGCACCAAGGUGUACAUCACGGGGAGGAACGACACCUGGUGCGAGGUUGCCGUCACGGGCCAGCCCACGCCGAGCAGCGACCUCGGAUACCCGGGGUGGAUUCCCUGCAGCCAGGUGACGACGGACGCCGGCCAGUAUGGGCACCUGCAGGCGACGAGGCCGUUUGCGCAGGUGAAGAAGGGGCCGACCGUGGGCCUGUACCGCGACGCCUCGUUGAAGCACAAGGUCAUGGACGUCUCGUUCGACACGCGCCUGCCGGAGACGGGCCGGACCAGCAAGGCGAUCCGGGUCGCGGUGCCCGGCGGCGGAUCGGCGUACCUGGCGAGGGACGACGCCGAGGUGUACAAGAAGGCCUCGGACAUUCCCUACCCGACGGGCGAGGACCUCGUGGAGACGGGCAAGAUCUUCCUGGGGCGCCCGUACCUGUGGGGUGGCACCUCGGGCUACGCGUUUGACUGCUCGGGCUUCACCCACACCAUCUACGACUCGCACGGCAUCACCAUCGGCCGCGACGCGGGCCCGCAGGCCUACUUUGCCGGCCACGGGACGCCGGUCGAGCGCGAGGACCUCCGGGCGGGCGACCUCAUCUUCUACGCCUCGAACCUCACCGACGCCGAGUCCAUCUACCACGUGGCCAUGUUUGCGGGCGACGGGAACAUGCUGGAGGCGUACGCCGCGGGGACGCCGACGCGCCUCACCCCCGUGCGCUUCAACGACGACUACUGGGGCGCUGAGCGGUUCCUCCACCACCACCGAGGGUGA